CGAUGUUUUGAUGAAGCAUGGCUGCUUUGCAGUGUUGCGAGAGUGGUGUAGUUUGUGUUAGUGGAACUACUCUCGCUGUCAUAACUUUACGAAAUGGAACCAUUAACAGACAAAACAUUGAUAUUGAAGAGAAGAGGAUACUGCUAAAAGAAGAAAAAAAAGAGGGGGACAAGGGGAAAAUUCCAGCAAAACUUGGUGCAGAGUUGACAAGUAAAGACGUACAGAACCGGAUUUUAGCCUGUAAAUUUUCACCUUCUUGGAGAUAUUUUGCAGUCUGUGAUGAUGCCAAGAGACUUUAUCUGUUCCACUGUAGUGAACAAUGGGAAAUGGUUAGCAACAGAGCCAUAUCAAGAAGAUGCACAGUUUUAACCUUCACUCAAGAUGAACAGAAUAUCUUGGUGGCUGACAAGUGGGGGGAUGUUUUCCAGUUCUCUGUCACAGAACCUCAGAGAGAGGGACAACUGUUACUGGGCCAUCUGUCUAUGUUACUGGACAUUCUGACUACAAAGGGAGAUAAGUAUGUAGUGACUGCAGAUAGGGACAACAAAAUAAGGAUAAGCAACUACCCAAACAGUUACAACAUCCACAGCUUUUGUCUACAUCACACUGAGUAUGUAUCCAGUCUUGUAUACAAUGAAGACCAGGAUACCAUUAUCUCAGGAAGUGGGGAUGGUAGCAUGGUAGUGUGGAAUGUUGAUGGUCAAGUGCUUUCUCAAACAUUUUGUUCCAAAGGGGAAACAACUCUUGCAAUUAAGAAAAUAGUUUUUGAAAAGAACUUAAAGUUGUUAUCAGUGAUUUUCUUCAAUUCCCCCAUUGUACAGUUAUACACAGUGAUCCCAGGUUCUGGAGUGUUAUGUCACCUUCAGGAUUUACAACUAACCAGCGCAGUGUGGGACUCAGCUUUUGACUGUAAAGGUCAACUCUGGUUACUACAGAAGCAGGAGGGGGACACAGUACGGGUCUACACAUGUCAAAGAACACAGUCAGCUGGGGAAUUAAAGGUGGAACAGAUAGAUUCAACUCAUCCUUGUGCAGAAAACAAGGUGUUAGACAUGUUCAAUAAGGACUGGGAAUUUUUCAAAGCUUCAGAAAUGGCACCAGACUUGUCAUUGGAUUAUAAGAAGAAGGAGACACCAGAUAAUUACUCUAUUUACCUUCAGAAAAAGGAAGAUCGCAUCAAGCAAGCCCAAAACCAACCACCAGAACCCCUCGCCAAGAAAGCCAAGGCCAGCUAGCACAUGAAAGACAGCUUCAGAUAGCAAGCAAACUCGUAUAAGUGUCAGAAUGAAUGCAGACUGUUACUGAAGAUAGUUGAAUACUUUUGAAACUUUGAAAUAGGCUUAAGAAAUGGAAAUCAACAUAAAGAUCCAAGAGAGAAUAGGAAAAACAGGACUAGAAAAAAGCCAUGUUCAAAAACGCCUCAAGAAAUCAUUAUAUGGACAGUUGCUAGUCCCUCUAACUAGUAACUACAGUAAAAUACUGACAUUAUAGAAACCCCAUUUAAUGUAAAAUCUGAGACACAACACAAUGAACAUUUGGAAAAAAGUUGAUUUGAAUCGAGAAACAUUUUGGAAGUCAGAUUAUCUUACUUGUGUGGUUUAAUGUACCUAAUUACAUGUAUAUUGAACUACAUGGAUAUAUUCUUAAUUAUUUUUUAAUGAAAUAUCAAAGAUAAAAAUGUCUAAUUAAAAGUGAA